AUGUCUCUAGUGCAGACCGUCUUCCAAUAUGCCAAAGGGGGCAGAAGGGGCUUCAGCUCAAGUUCUGCUGUCGGUGGAGGAAGCAGACGUAGCUACACUUCAUGCAGGGGAUUUGGUGGUGGCAUGAGAGGCCAGUAUGGCAGCAGAAGCCUCCAUAAUUAUGGUGGAAGUACAAGGAUUUCCUAUGGACGAGGCUAUGGAGGCAGCUUUGGUGGCUACGGAGGUAGAUUUGGUGGUGGCUAUGGUGGUGGAAUCUGUGGUGGCUAUGGUGGUGGAGCAAUAUGUGGUGGCUUUGGUGGUGGAGAAAUCGGUGGUGGUUUUGGUGGUGGUCCUUAUGGUAUUGGCAUGGGUCCUGGAGGCAUCAGCACGGGUUCUGGAGGCAUCGGCAGUGUCCAAGUAGAUAGAGACCUUCUGCGGCCAGUCCGUGUUGACAUUGACCCCCAAGUCCAGCAAGUGAAAACUCAAGAGAAAGAGCAGAUUAAGAUGCUCAACAACCAAUUUGCCUCCUUCAUUGACAAGGUCCGAUGUCUAGAGCAACAAAACAAAGUACUGCGAACCAAAUGGCAGAUCUUACAGCAACAGAUUCCAGUUCAAGGCCCACGGCAGAACCUGGAUGCCGAGUUUCAGAAUUUCAUGAAUGACAUUAGAAGGAACAUCGAACAAAUCCGUAACCAGAAGGCACAGCUGGCAUCAGAACUUCAGAGUAUGCAGGGCUACGUAGAAGACUUCAAGAACAAGUAUGAAGAGGAGAUUAACAGGCGCACAGGUGCUGAGAAUGACUUCGUGGUGCUGAAAAAGGACGUGGAUAGUGCCUACAUGCAGAAGUCUAACUUGGAAACUAGAGUUGGUGCUUUGGCUGAACAGAUAGACUUCAUGAAAAGGAUGUUUGAACUGGAACUAUCUCAGAUUCAGAGAAUCGGUCAAGACACCUCUGUGGUUGUGAACAUGGAUAACAAUAUAGAUAUUAACUUAGAAAGUAUCAUUGAUGAAGUAAGAGCUCAGUAUGACCAGAUUGCCUUUGCUAGCCGAGCCGAAGCUGAAACUUGGUAUAAAACUCAAUAUGAUGCUUUGCGGAACACAGCAGGAAUGCAUGGGGAGAACCUUCUCAACACCAGGCACGAGAUCCAGGAACUGACCAGGAACAUCCAGAGACUGCGUGCUGAAAUCGAGCAUACCAAGAAGCAGUGUGCUCAGCUGCAGUCAGCCAUCGCUGAAGCUGAGGAGCGUGGUGAGUUAGCUCUCCGGGAUGCUAGGCAGAAACUGGACGAGCUGCAGUGUGCCCUGACAAAGGACAAGGAGGAGCUGGCUCGCCUGCUGAAAGAGUACCAAGACACGCUGAACGUUAAGCUUGCUCUGGACAUUGAGAUAGCCAUGUAUAGGAAGCUGCUCGAAGGAGAAGAGUGCAGGCUAAACGCCCAAACCCCAGUCCAUGUCUCUGUUACUAGUACUGGUUAUGGCGGUGGAAUUGGAGGCGGCAUGGGCAUCGGAGGCGGCGGCAUGGGCAUCGGAGGCGGUGGCAUCAUCGGAGGUGGCGGAAUCGGCAUUGGAGGUGGCGGCAUUUGCAGUGGCGGCGGCAUCGGCCAUGGCAGCAUCAUUGGCGGUGGAAGCUGUGGCUAUGGUGGCAUUUCCGGUGGCAGCUCUUCCUGUGUUGGAGUUGGUGGAUUCUCACAUGGAUCAGGAAGUGGUUCCAGCACAGUCAUAAAGAGAAUCACCACAACCUCCUCAUCUACCAAAACAGGCAGGAAGUAUUAA